AUGUACGUAGAACCUGACGCCAGUGGAGCACCAGCAGCAAAUACUGCACUCCCAGUUAUUGGAGCUAUGUCUUGUGGAACUCUUCUUUUAUUUAUACUUGCUGCUACUAUUGUACUCGCACUUAUUCCCGUCUAUGUACCAGAAAAAUCAGCUUUAUUAAGUUCUAGUUUAACAGCAAGUAAUGAAUUCACAAUGUAUUUACCUGUUGACAGUGCUGCCACGGGUAGAAGACGAAGACAGCAAAGUGCAGCAAGUAAUCCAUUAAUGCUUAGCUCUGUACAAUCGAACGGUAACGUCCAAAGUGUAACAGUUUCAAUUGUUGACGUCACAGUGGAUGAUACUAGUAGAAGAAGACGUUUUUCAUUUUCAAAACGUCAAAAUAAUCUAAUAAUUAUGUUGCGUGUUACAUGUGUACUUCAGUUUAAGCCGAAGUGUGGCUUUAGGUGUCAAAACACAAAUGGUGAUUUAAUUGCAGCAUUACUUCAAUCGAAUUUACCAUCUCGUUUGUCUCUUAUUAAUAUUCCUAUACUUAAUUCAGCAGGAGGAUUGUGUCAAACCAUGAGUUCAAUUCGAGUCAGUAGAGUUCGACUUAUCACACCUAUACGUUCUGGAAGGUUUUCCAUGAUUAAACCAACAGUACGUCCAACAUUUAGUAUAACAGGAGCUACUGUUACAUCUGUCACAUCAACGACCGUUAUAAUACCAACAGGGAGCAUGGGUUAA